GGUGAAGUGAUGAAAAUCUUGGGACAACAGUUUUCUGCAGUAAAGCUUACUCCAAAACCAGAGGACCGCCUGAGAAAUAACGAGGACGAGUCACCUUAAAAAAGGUGCAACACUAUAAAUUAAUAAACAAAUGAAAAGACUGAUCUUGAAGAAUCUCUGUCAAGAUAAACUAUACUGUUAAAUAGUCUGGUACUGUAAAAUUGUAAAUAGAACGUAAGAUUACGAUUUAUAUUUAAGUUUCUUUUAAUCUGUGUACAUAAUGUACAAGUAUAAAUUGUUAUCCGGACUUCUUUCUCCAAGAAAAGAAGUUCAACCAUGACAUACAGAGCAAACACAAAAUCAUAAUCGUCACGAUUUGAAUUUAAAUAUCCUCGAUAUCCAUUUAAAUGACGAAACGCAGCCAACAAGGCACGGACCAACCUAACCUGGCACGUGAAUCAUCUGCUAUACAAGGGAAUCACAUCGACGCCAUAUAUAUCGUCGCUUUUCACGUCCGGGGUGGGGGGCAUCGAGAAUUUAGAUGACGCCUGUAUUACAGAGGAAGCAGUAAUGGCCAUCGGGUGUCAGCUAAUAUCGCGCAAAUGACAACGUAAAUAUUAAAAAAAGACGGAAGAAAGGUUCCGGUGGAAAACGGAGUUUUGGAGUCGCCACCUUCAUGUACACACAAACGAUCAAGAUGCCGGUGCAAAAGGACUCAAAUAUUGUGAAAAUCGCGGUUGAGUUGACGAACAGACAGGCUCAGCUAAUUGAGUUCAAUCAGAAGCAGCCUUUGACUGGAAUCAUUCAGGAACUUUGUAAUGGCUGGGACCUUCCAGACCCUGAAUCAUACGCACUACAGUUCACUGAGAACAACAAUCAAAACUACAUUACAGAGAAGAACAGAAAUGAGGUGAAAAAUGGCAGCAUUUUGCGUUUAGAGCAUUCACCUUCAAAAACAGCUACUGAUAUACUUGCUAAGUUGAAUAAUGGAACCCCGGAGGAAAAAGUUAUUGGUGCUCUAGAGAAGCUGAGUAGACUAAGUCGAGAUACCACUUUUGCUUUAGAAUUCAUCAAUAAAAAAGGCUUGGCUUUGAUAAUCUCACAGGUUGAAACAGAAAAGUACAAAGGCACUGCAUUAGCCUAUUGUUUGCAAUCAUUCGUUGAAUUGAUGGAGCAUACAAUUGUAUCAUGGGAUGUCCUCGAGGCACCAUUUAUCAACAAAGUUGCCAGCUAUGUGAACAAUCAAGCAGUGGCCAUUGACUCCAACGUUAUCAAAGCUUCACUGAGUAUUUUGGAGAAUAUUGUGAUCAACUCAACUACCAAAUGUGGUCAAGUGGAGAAAGAAAUUACAUUCCCAAAUCUUGUGCAUCAUUUAGAGAGUAUAGAUUCACAAAUCCAACAAAAUGCUAUAGCAUUGAUAAAUGCUCUUUUUAUGAAAGCAGAUAUGCCUAAACGUAGAGCUGUUUCCAACACUUUACAGUCUAAGCAAGUCAGAAAUGUUUUUCUCGCCAAUGUCAUACAAUCUACUGGUCAAGUUGGCGCAGAAAUAGCUCACCAAUUGUACGUAUUUCAAACAUUAAUGUUAAAUUUAUUGGAGCAACGAAUGAAUACAAAAAUGGAUAAUCAGGACCAAGAUGCUCAUGACAAAAUCAAAGAACUUCGUAGAAUAGCUUUUGAUACCGAAGGAUCAAACAGCAGCGACGUCACAGCCCGAAAACAAGGUUUAUUCGCUAAGGAUUACAAGAAACUGGGAUUCAAAUGUGACAUCAAUCCAGCUUUAGAUUUCACAGAAACUCCACCGGGAAUGUUGGCUCUUGACUGCAUGGUUUACUUUGCUCGCAAUCACACAGAAAAUUACACCAAAGUUGUUCUCGAGAAUUCCUGUCGAGCAGAUGAGCAUGAGUGUCCAUUUGGAAGGACAAGCGUAGAACUUGUGAAACUGCUAUGCGAUAUUUUAUGUAUUGGCGAAGCACCCAGCGAACAAGGUCAAUCUUAUCAUCCGAUGUUCUUUACGCAUGACCAUCCUUUCGAAGAAUUUUACUGUGCCUGCAUAAUUCUGUUAAAUAAAACGUGGAAAGAGAUGAGGGCCACCACGGAAGACUUUGUCAAAGUAUUCUCGGUAGUUCGCGAACAAAUUACGCGAGCCCUUGAGUCAAAGCCAACAGGGCUGGACAAGUUUAAGAACAAAUUACAACAACUGACCUAUUCUCACAUCACAAAUUUGUGGCAGCAAGAAAGAACUAGUCGAGAAGAAUGGGAGAGUCAUGCCAGGCCGAUUCUGGAGCUGAAAGAACAAAUCACUCCUGAUAUCAUGGUUUUAAUACAACAGCAAAGACUGGGAUUUCUCGUGGAAGGCACGAGAUUCACGAAAUACAGCACAAGAGGACAGAGAAUUAAAGACAAAUUUUGGUAUGUUCGUCUUUCGCCGAAUCAUAAAGUCUUCCAUUACGGUGAUUGUGACGAGAAGUCGGUGCCAAGCAUAGAUGAAUUGCCGACAAAAUUAGCCGUUGUGGAAAUUCGCGGUCUUCUUACUGGCAGAGAUUGUCCCCAUAUGAAGGAUUUGCAGCGACGCAAAACAACCCAUCAAUUGGCUUUUUCUUUGAUUCUGGACUCUGUAGACGUCUCUAGCUUGGAUUUCGUAGCUCCUGACGAACAAGUUUUUGAUUAUUGGACUGAUGGUAUCAAUGCUUUACUUGGUUGUUUUGAACGUGAUUUUACAGGUAAUCAAAUGACUAGUAAGGAAACUGAAAAAGAUUUAGAAACUCUUUUAUCAAUGGAUAUUAAACUGAGAUUACUAGACACUUUGGGGAUUGAUAUUCCUCAAAAUCCACCGCCAAUUCCGGAUCCACCACCAAAUUAUGACUUUUGCUAUGACGUAUAAUCUUACACGAUUCGUAAAAUCGUUAUAAACGAAAAAAACAUUAACGUGAUUGACUACCAGCAAGUAAUGACGAGAACUGAGGAAUUCAGCAAGAUUUGUAUACAUUAGUUAAGUUAUUUAUCACUCACCCGUUAAAGAACAAACUUAAUUUAACAAUACAUUUCAGACGAAAUUUGACCAAAGAUAAUUUUUUGCAAAAAAAAAAAAAUUUUUUUUUAAUGAUGCAUUAAGAGGAGGUGGGAGCUAUAGCUUCGCAAAUCCGCCACGGGGUAUUUAGUAUUUCAAAUGCCAAAAAAAACUAAAAGCCGUAUUGACAUUUUCUUUCGGUAGAAUGAUUCACUUAUCUCAAACCUAUGGCGCUCUGCUCAUUAUAUUGAUGAAAUUUCAAAUUAAAAAAAGUUAAUACUAAAAUUGGUUUUUGAGGUUGGCGCUGUAAUCGCAUAAACACGCGUAAACACCCGCUUGUAUUUCACAACUUUUACAAAAACCAAAAGUCCGAUUGGUAUUUUUUUUCGGUAGAGUGAUUAAGUAAACUCAACACUAUGACGCUCUGGUCUUGGUUUUUCAUUGCAAGCUUCAUUCAAAAAGUUACAUGGACCAGAAACAGUUUUUUCAGCUCCCACAUCCCCUUAAUUUGAUUUUUUAAGAAAUUGAGAAAUCCAGGCGUUACAGUUAGAUUUACGAACGUUUUAAUUAAGAAAAAUCAUGCUUGAUUUUAUGAGUCUAGCGCUCAUCAAGUGGUCAACUAAACUUAAAUCAAAUUAGUUGCUCCGUAAGAGGUACGGAAAAAAUUAAACGCAAUUAAAACUUUCAAAUCUAACGUUUGAGUUCCUCAUUAUAAAGAUAACUUUAAUUGAAAAUACGAGUACUUCAAUAAGUUUCGUUUAUCAAUAUAUUACUUUGAAUUUUUCAAUAUCGUGCCGAUGAUAAAGUAAUUUUUACACCUGUUUUGUUUAUAAAAGUCUUCUUUAAAUGGUUUAUAAUAUGACUGUACACUGAGCAUUUUAUGAUAUCAGUAUUUUGUAAUAAUCUAAGUUUUUGAAUAAAUUAUAUAUAUAUAUAUAUGA